GUGUAAAUAAGUUUUUCGAGAAUUCAUUGAGGAUAGUAUAAAAAAACGAAGUGAUAUGUGACCUCUAUUUUUAAUUAAUUCACAGGGUUUUCCCGAAAUAAUUGUGUACUCUAAGAUGUACAAUUCAUUAAUGAAUUAAUCUGAAAAUGGAAUAAUUUCUAUCCGAGCACCUAUGACGAAUGUGCUAAUGUAAUUAUUCUAUUCUUUGUCAUUACACAAUUAUUUUUUUGCACGGCGAAAACCUGAAAUUCGCCUGCGGUGUUUCUAAUGCGCUUCGAACGAUUCAAGAAAACAAAUAAAGGUCGAUUAAUCUGAACAAUUACAAGCAGACGCUCCCGAGAUGUUGUCGAAAAUUACAUUAAUCGUCGUGGCGAAUCUAGUUUGCGGAGUUUUCCCUUACGGUGAUUAUGUACCGAAAUCGGUGUUCCUUGUCGAUGAAAACGGGCAAAAAAUCGACGAAUUUCGCGUACGCAGCAAGCGAGAUUUGGAAAACGCCAUCAGGAUGUUCAAGAGAUCACCGGCUCCCGGUGGAUCGUCGUAUUCGUACUCCGGUUCCUUUUCCAACGCGGGAUCUAACCCUCACGACUACGUUCCGGAUUUCAGCAAUUUCGCCGCGAAUAUCCCGACGAGUUUCGAGGACAUUCAAAGACAAACCGAAAAAUUCGCCAACCCAAGCUUUCACAGUCGUCUAGGCGGAGCUGCCGAUCACGAUUCGGGUUAUAAAGGGCCGAUAUUGUUCAGCAGGAGCGGAACGGAUAAAGGAUCGGGCGUGAGAGUGUCGAGCGCCUCGCAAGGAUCCCGAGGAGCUUUCAGUUCUUCCUCCAGCUCGAUCGACGGUCAAGGGAAUAUCAAAUACAACGUUCAAUCUGGAAAAUAUUAAUUGCUAGGUAAUUGUAUCGUAUAAGUCACACAAACGGGAAUAAAAUUUAUUAUAAUUCUUGUCUUU